CCCCAGCCCCUCAGUCGUGCGCCCCGGCCCCCCCGGCGUUCCCUCUGAUGUCUGUGCUCCCGGUGGCAGCGGAGGCUGCGGCCGCGGCCGGCCCGCAGGAGGUGCCCGAGGGAGCCGAGGAGGGGGAGGCCGUGUGAUGGCCCUGGACGGAGAGAGGGAGCAAGAAGAAGAGAAGAAAAAGAAGAAGAAGAAAAAGAAGAGGAGGAAGAAGAAGGAAGGGGCCGAGAAGAGCAGCGUGCCCUUCAGCCCCAUGAUGAUCGAGGACGACUCGGCGCUCCGGAGCGGCGGCAGGGGGCUCUCGGACCAGUGGGCGGACUCGGUGGGGGUGCGGCCCCGCACCACUGAGCGCCACAUCACCGUGCACAAGCGGCUGGUGCUCGGCUUCGCCGUGUCCAUCCUGGCGCUGCUGGUGGUGACUAUGAUCGCUGUGCUUCUCAGCUUGCGCUUUGAAGAGUGCGGGGCCAGCGCCGCCGCCGCCGCCGCCGCCGCCGGGGCUGAGGCAGACGGCGUUCCCGGGGGUGCCCCGGCUCGGACCAGCAGUAACAGCAGCACGGCGGGCUCCUCCCGGCUCGAUCGCCGGCCUGGGGGGGAGCCCGGAAGGCCGGGGGCGCCUGGGGCCGUCGCGCCCGGGAGCCCCGCACCCAAGGAGCCGUCGGAAGAGGAGGAGCAGGGACGUUGGCAGCCCUGGACUCAGCUGCGCCUGCCCGGUCACCUGAAACCCCUGCAUUACAACCUGAUGCUGACCGUCUUCAUGGAGAACUUUACUUUCUCUGGGGAGGUCAAUGUGGAGAUAGAGUGCCUGAACGCCACCCGCUACAUCGUGCUGCACGCCUCCAGGGUGGUGGUGGAGAGGGUGCAGGUGGCCGAGGAUCGCGCCUUCGGGGCUGUGCAGGUCGCCCGUUAUUUCCUGUACCCCCAAAACCAGGUCUUCGUGGUGGUGCUCAACCGGACCCUGGAGGCGCAGAGGAAUUACAAUCUCAAGAUCAUUUACAACGCUUUCAUCGAGAAUGAGCUGCUGGGCUUCUUCCGCAGCUCCUACGUGCUUCACGGGGAGAGAAGAUUCCUUGGUGUAACACAGUUCUCUCCGACACAUGCAAGAAAGGCCUUUCCCUGUUUUGAUGAACCCAUCUACAAGGCGACUUUCAAAAUCAGUAUCAAGCAUCAAGCCACAUAUUUGUCUUUAUCUAAUAUGCCAGUAGAAACUUCGGUUUUUGAGGAAGAUGGAUGGGUUACGGAUCACUUUUCACAGACCCCACUCAUGUCCACCUACUACUUGGCUUGGGCUGUGUGCAACUUCACCUUUCGGGAGAUGGUCACAAAGAGUGGAGUCAUAGUGCGAUUAUAUGCAAGACCUGAUGCAGUCAGAAGAGGAUCUGGGAAUUAUGCUCUCCAUAUAACAAAGAGAUUGAUAGAGUUUUAUGAAGACUACUUCAAAGUGCCCUAUUCUCUACCAAAACUAGAUCUUUUAGCUGUGCCUAAGCAUCCGUAUGCUGCUAUGGAGAACUGGGGACUAAGUGUUUUUGUGGAGCAAAGGAUCCUCCUGGAUCCCAGCAUUUCGUCUAUUUCCUAUUUGCUGGAUGUCACAAUGGUCAUCGUUCAUGAGAUAUGCCACCAGUGGUUUGGUGACCUUGUGACUCCUGUCUGGUGGGAAGAUGUAUGGCUGAAGGAAGGCUUUGCUCACUAUUUUGAAUUUGUUGGGACUGACUACCUCUACCCAGGCUGGAAUAUGGAAAAACAGAGAUUUCUGACUGAUGUGCUCCAUGAAGUCAUGCUAUUGGAUGGCCUGGCCAGUUCACACCCAGUAUCCCAAGAAGUCAUCCAGGCCACUGACAUUGACCGGGUAUUUGACUGGAUCGCAUAUAAAAAGGGUGCAGCUUUAAUUCGAAUGCUGGCUAAUUUUAUGGGCCAUUCAGUAUUUCAGAGGGGUUUACAAGAUUAUUUAACCAUUCAUAAAUAUGGCAAUGCGGCCAGAAAUGAUCUGUGGAAUACGCUGUCAGAGGCUUUAAGAAAGAAUGGAAAAUAUGUAAAUAUUCAAGAAGUGAUGGAUCAGUGGACUCUCCAGAUGGGUUAUCCUGUCAUCACCAUCUUGGGAAAUGGAACAGUUGAUAAUAUGGUAACCAUUACCCAGCAACAUUUUAUUUAUGACAGCAGGGCUAGAGUCAAGGCCACUGAGUUUGGAAACAACAGUUACCUAUGGCAGAUCCCAUUAACUAUUGUAGUAGGAAAUAGGAGCCAUAUCUCACCAGAGACAAUUAUAUGGGUGUCUAACAAAUCAGAACAUCACCGAAUUACUUUGGAGAAAGGAAGCUGGUUGCUAGGGAACAUCAAUCAGACUGGCUACUUUAGGGUCAACUAUGAUCUAAGGAACUGGAGAUUACUAAUUGACCAACUAAUAAGGAACCAUGAGGUUCUCUCUGUCAGUAAUCGUGCAGGUUUGAUAGAUGAUGCCUUCAGCCUAGCCAGAGCUGGCUAUUUGCCUCAGAAUAUUCCCCUGGAGAUUAUCAGAUACCUUUCUGAGGAGAAGGAUUUUCUUCCGUGGCAUGCUGCCAGCCGAGCCCUUUACCCUCUAGAUAAAUUACUGGACCGAAUGGAAAACUACAAUGUCUUCAAUGAAUAUAUUUUAAAACAAGUUGCAACGAUGUACAUCAAGCUUGGAUGGCCAACAAAUAAUUUUAAUGGAUCCCUUGUUCAGGCAUCUUACCAACAUGAAGAAUUACGGCGAGAAGUUAUAAUGCUGGCAUGCAGCUUUGGUAACAAACACUGUCACCAGCAGGCUUCAACACUCAUUUCAGACUGGAUUUCCAGCAAUAGGAACCGAAUACCUCUAAAUGUCAGAGACAUUGUCUACUGUACAGGAGUUUCACUAUUAGAUGAAGACGUCUGGGAGUUCAUCUGGAUGAAAUUCCACUCCACAACAGCAGUAUCUGAGAAGAAAAUAUUAUUGGAAGCCUUAACUUGUAGCGAUGACAGAAACUUACUAAAUCGGCUUCUGAAUCUCUCACUGAAUUCUGAGGUGGUGUUGGACCAAGAUGCAAUUGAUGUCAUAAUCCACGUAGCCCGAAAUCCACAUGGCAGAGAUCUUGCAUGGAAGUUUUUCAGAGAUAAAUGGAAGAUAUUAAAUACCAGGUAUGGAGAAGCUUUAUUUAUGAAUUCCAAGCUUAUCAGUGGAGUCACAGAAUUUCUUAAUACAGAAGGUGAACUCAAUGAGCUGAAACACUUCAUAAAGAACUAUGAUGGGGCAGCAGCUGCAUCCUUCUCCCGGGCUGUGGAGACUGUGGAAGCCAAUGUUCGAUGGCAAAAGUAUUACAAAGAAGAACUUUUCCACUGGUUACGAAAAGCCCUCAGGCACUAGUCUGCAUCCCUUAAAGAAAAUGUAACAUGAAAUAUCAGGAGAGGAAAAUAGCAUCAUUCAAAAGGAAAAUGCUUCACAUCAAAAUGGCAAAGACAAGAUCAGAUUUGCAGGGUGUUUGGUGGGGAAAGGUCAUUUUUGUUUUGUUCUGGUUUUGGCUUUAUUUUGUAUGGGACUCCUUCUUAUCUAUGAAGGUAAAAUCCUUCUGUCAGAAGCAACUGUGAUAGCAGCUGCUGCUUUCCAGCCCUCACUGUACAGGACCAAAUACGAUACCUAGUGGUGCAUGUUGACGUCAGUCUGGAAGACAACAAUUCUGAGUAAUUUGUGCAUGGUCAUAGGGUCCUGCCUGUAAUUCCAGCAUGCGUUUCUUCAGAUGUCCCAAGUUUUGUAUGUGAACUUAUGUUACAUCCAGAAUGGGCAUUAUGCAAAAGCACAAAGAAGAUCUCUGACAAUCAGUGUCCUCAUGAAAGAAGAAAAAAGGGGUGAUUCUAUAUGAUUCCCAAUACUUGGGUAAUGUGAGAUGUACAAGAGCCCUUACGGGAUUGGUACCAAUUACUGAGCACUUAGAUUGUCUCUAUCAGUGAUUAUCAGGAUGCCAACUCAUUCUUUGAGUUAAAACUAUGUUCGCAUAGAAUGCAUUUAGAUACUGUAUACAUAUCUGCAUAUCUCUAGUGGAAAGUACCACAUAUAUAUAUAUAUAUAUGGUAUACUAUAUUCUCCACAUGUUGAAAACAAUGAACGUCUUCUGAUCAAUGAAAAGUUCUCUAUUUCUAAACUUAUGCAAACUUUGAAACUGUUUAGAAAGACUCUCCUGCCUCUUCUGGGGAAUUAAGGCAGUAAACAUUCAGGAUGGUUCCCUCAAAUUUCUGUGGGUUCUUUAGCCAUUUUCAUGAAUGAUGGGUCUUAUUCUAAUGCAUAGAAAUGAAACUCAAACCAAUCAGGUGUACCAACAGGUCAUUCAUUCACUUGAAUGCUUUAACACAAAGAGACAGAUAAUGUUUUCAUGGUCGGGGGUAGAGGGAGGAGUGCUCCAACUCCCCUCCCCCAUGCUACAAAAAGAAAAAAAAAAGGAGAAAGGAAAAGAAAAUCCAUGCUGUCAAAUCUAAGUAUUGAUGUUGUUUUGCUCAAUCUUUACAUUUCAUAAAUGUACAUGCAUAGAUGUAUUUAGAGUGCCCAGUGCUGAGAAUGUGAUGUUUUUUUCCUGUUAUUUCCAUGUUUCACUUUAAGUAACCUAGGAUAUGAAUGCUGUUUUAGAGUCUCCCUGAGUGCCUGUAUGUGUGUGGCCUCCCAAUCCUCCAUCAAGCAACCAUACCUCAGCAAAUCUACUAGUAUUUAAUGACCUUUGACACCAGUUGUGCCAUCUGUUAGGAGUGAAGAGUGACUUUUCUUCUGUCAUUGUAUAAAGCUUUCGUUUUGCAUAUACUCUGUUGUGCUGACCAGAAAGACGCAGAAGAGCCCUUUCCAUAGUUGUUUGUCAACAAAAGGUCAUUUGUGUUUGAAAUAUUAUUUCUGCUUGAUAGCAAUGGCCAUUGGCUAGACUCCACCCAGUUGAGAUUUAAAUUGAUUGUUAGCAAUUCUUGACUAGAUCUAUUGUGUCUAAAAAAAUGAAAUGAUGUUUGCUGUUUGUAAACCAAGAGCUUGUGAAUUAAUCCCUUAUGGAUGAUUGCCACUCCUGCCAAGAUCUCCUUGCAAACUACCAAGACAAGUACCGGUAUCUAGAGGAUAUAUUGAAAGUUAGGAAAAUAGUAAAUCUUAAUAAUGAGAGCCAUAAUUUGAUUUGAAAUAGGUGGGAAAGAGAUACCCUUUUCCUCAACCAUAUAACAAGCUAACUCCUGAAAUUGAAUUCUAUUCUUUUGGCAUUAAUGUAUAUCACCUCUCUCUGAAUAUCCUAACAGUGCAUUCAUGUGAUACACAUCAUCAUUAAACUUUCUGCAUGAAGGCACUAAUAUGGUGUUAGCACGCCUUUUUGAUGUCUGGUGCCAAGUCUUCUAAAUAUUAACUUAUUAACAUGAACUGAUAUAACUCAGUUACUGUUGUGAAGAAAUGUAAAAAAAAAAAAUUGUCUCCUCAACCAAUUCCUACUGUGUGCUUUUGCAGACUACUUAAUCAGGAAUAAUAAGUCCAUAUGAUAAGAAUAUGUAUAUUCCAGUCUGAUAUACUGGUAGCAAGGGAUCCCAUGUCAGGGAUCAAUCCCCAGUGGGUUAAUAAACCAGGCAGAUUAAAACAGAAAAGUAUUAUAGGUGAACAUCCUGGCUGUGUGAAAUGAAUUUCUUGCAAUUCCCCCUAACUUAUCUAAGUUGAUCUAAAUAAUGCCUUUUUAUUAAGCUGAGUGGUUUUUUUGGUUACUCUGUUAGUAAUUUUUGCUGCUCUGCAAAUAUUUUAGUGGCCUUGAGCAAGUACAAUGUUAAACCCUAAGUGUAUACUUGUACAUAUUGUUCAAUACCUCAUAUUGUCCUUGCUCUGCAGUACAGUAGUGACAGUAACGGUCCCCUCUGUUGGGAUAAGUUGCUUUUUCUGUUUUCUCCAUAGUUUAGUCUCUUCAUUGUUUUAAACUAUACCAGGCUUAAGUUGUUUUCCCCAGUCAUUAAAAUACAUAAAUAAUAAAAUAACCAUAUUACAGCUCCUGGAAACAUUUGUAAAAUAUUCUUAUAAAAUUCUAUUUAUAUGUAUUUUCUUUUUGUUCAUUUUUCUCCCUCUAUUGGUUUUCUUGCAAAUGAUUUUCAUGAAAAUAAUUUGUUUGAGAGUGUUUGCCACUUGGGCUGCAAGUCAUAGACAUACUUUAUUUUAAUGGCCUGAUGUAGGACAAAAUAUAUAUAUUUUUUUAUUCCAGAAAGGGAAGAUUAACUUAGUUCCUAAACUGGGAUAUUAUUAAGGAGAAUAAAUCAUGCAAUCAUUUUAAAGAGAUGUGGCAUGGUAUAAUGGAUAGAGGACUAUUCUCUAAAUGGAUAUAACCUGUGUUCAAUUCUUACCUCUGACACUUCUUGGCUUUAUGACCCCAGGGAAGCCACUUUGCUUAGCAGUGCCCCAGGUAAAAGUCUAAAACUAAUAAUUAUAGGCAAUUUGCCAUCCUUCAUUGGUGUAGAUAAUUUCCACACCAGGAAUUUUCUAUACACAGAUGAAAAUUAUAGUUCUCGAUCAAAGCAUCUUAAAACAUGAUUUUUAUCAAAAUAUUUUUUCUUUGAGAUUUUGAAGUUUUUACAAAUACCCAAUUUUAAAACCUAAGCGUCUAUCAGUGCUUGAUCUACAGUAACAUAGACCUCAGCUGUGUAUUUAGAGUCGCUUAUUUAGUUUAAUUUCUAAGGGACUCAUAAAAUGGUAAAUUUAGCAGGAGGCAGCAAUGCACCUACUGUUAUAAUUUUGUAUUAUGUUUACCCAUUAUCAUGAGUGACCCUUUGCAAAUGUCAUAAUAAUCCUUUACUUUUAUGUAUUACUUUGUUUUUAAAGCAUUUUUAUGUACAUGCUCAUUGUAUCCUAAUAGCAACCUUUAGGAGAAGUUAGAUAUUAUUGUAAUUCCCAUUAUGGAGAUGAGAAAAGUGAAAAUCAAAGGUAUAACAUGGCUCAUGAUAUCAGCUAGUUAUCUAGAAAGAUAGCAGUGGAACCUUAUGUCUUCUUGAAUAUUCAUUCUCCUUCAUUAUUUUGUCUCCCUACAUAUUACAUAGUGUAAUAUGUCUAACCUUAAGCAUUGUCAUUUCAGCAAAAAGCAUGCCAGACACUUGAAGAAAGGGUUAGACAAACUAAAAUAUAUACUAUGUGGUAUUUUUACAUGGAAGUAUAUCCAAAUGAAAAAUUUUAAACUUCAGUUACCCAUACAUUUGAUCUGUAUAACACCCGAAAAACUAGAUAGUAGGGAAUAUUAGAAAAUGCCUGGAUGUUUAGGAGAGAUCAAAUUCAUGAAUAAUAUUUUUCACUUUUUAGCUCUUGUGUAGCCUGGCAUAGACAUGGCCUCAAGAUUUGAGUUUUCAUAAUUAGCAAUCUGGUUUAUUCUUAUUGGAAAACUUCCUUAGGUGACGCAUUUGUAGAUAUCUUCAGGUAACUCACCAAGUAGAGUGAAAUGAUGAAAUCAUGUCAGUGUAAAUCAUUGGUGGUAACAACAUAUGGAAGUCUCAUUCCUUCAAUGUGACUGAGCCCUUUUACAAAGACUUUUACCUAGUAAUUUUGAAAUUCACAAAAUUACUCAGGAAAAGUCUUUGUAAAAGAGAUUAGUUACAUUGAGAGAACAAGACUUAUUUAUGCUUUUGACUGUAUCCCAUUAGGUACACUAAGUCAAAAUUAAGGAAGGCUUUCAUAGGAUACUUCAUUUCAGGUAUUGCAUAGAUUUAAAUUGCAUUAAUGUCAUCACUGAUAAUUUAAGGUUCCCUUCAAGAAGUCAUAAUGUUAUAGGUGUUUAUGUUUAUCUCCUUAAAUACUUUUGAGUCUAAGAGGAUUAUACUGAUGACACCAGUAGAGGACAGAGGAACUGGAAAAUGAAUGUUAGCUUCUAUUUUCCCUUAACAAAGGGGAGUGAUGAAGUGAGUUAUAUGACACUAUAAUUCGUGAUAAAUGUGAUACGCAUUACACAGGUAGUAAUCUCAUCAUUAUUUAGUUUUCAGAAAAUGUAUUUUGGUAACUUAUUUUGUUCCAUUUCAGAGUAACUAAUACUUUAUACAGCAACAAAUAAUGGUGUACAGAACUGCACAUAAUAUCUUUUUUUUUUUUUUGGUGAGGCAAUUGGGGUUAAGUGACCUGUCCCAGGUCACACAGCUAGUACGUGUCAAGUGUCUGAGGCCGAAUCUGAACUCAGGUCCUCCUGAAUCCAGGACCAGUGCUCCAUCCACUGUGCCACCUAGCUACCCCUACACAUAAUAUCUUAAAAAGUAUAUCAAAAGAUUAUUCAUUUGGACUCUGCCAAUUUGGAUAUGAGCUAAGUUUUCUUUCCCAAUUCUACUAGGAUCUGUAAUUUUGUCAGUGUUGGAACUCUUUGCAUUGAUCUCACUCCUGUGACUUUGGUAGAUUGUCUUAGAGAGUUGGUUUGAUUAGAAAAUUCAUCCAGUUGCCAACCUGCUGGUGUUCUCACCUUUCCAGUCCUUUUUGCAAGAACAUUUGGUCAGCUAACAAAUAAUUUCAAUAAGUUGACAGAGAAAUGAGUAAGCCUACUUAAAAAGCAAACUUCAAAAAUCUCUUAAAAUCUUUUUACAUUUUUCUAUAAACUAUAUGCUCAUUAGCUGUUCAGUCAUUUUUCAGUCAUGUCUUACUCUUAAUGACCUCAUUUGGGGUUUUUUUG